UGCCACAGUGCUUUUAUUUUUAAACCAGAGUUGGAGUGGUUCUUAGCGGAGAUGGCCACUGGUUCGGAAUCAGAACGAUGACCAACAUAGUGUUUAAAUGCUUAAUUUGUGGUAAACAAGACACAACAGCGGUGGAGACGUCCAAAAAUGUAGUUAAAGUUUUUUUUAACUGGAAGUUAUUAUUAAAUUUAGUACAAUAGCCAGUUCUUGUUUGAAGCUAUGUUAGCUUUCGUGCUAACCAGAUCCAGCUGGACUUUUGUUUUCGGAUGGGGAUAUACAGUACGCUGUGGAUGACUUGAGAAAACACGCCGCAGAGCAGUACAAGAUGCUCCACUUGCCAUACAGCACCCUGGACCGCGAUCGGCCCCUCGUCCAUCUUCCCUUCACGACCUUUCUCACAGGCUUGGUUCUUCUCCCAGUGACUGGACUUUUUGUGUCCCUCUUCAUUUCUAUCGUAUACCAUUUUGAAGAAGCCAACUACACGCACUGUCAUGUGUCCAACUACCUCCCAUCAAUCAGUGCCGCCAUCAGCCGCGUGCCGGAGCUGUACAUCUGGCGCUUCUGCAUCGGAUUGCACUCGGCGCCACGGUUCCUGUUGGCCACCAUCUAUUUCAAUUUCUACCGCGGACGCUUUGCCACCAAGCUUCCGGAGCUGCUCCUGAGUUGGCUCGCGUUUGCAUGCAAUCUGGCCGAAAACUGCGCCCUGCUGCUUCUCACUUUUGUGGCGUCCACAGAGAUUUACACUGUCCACAAAGGCGGCUUCCUCACGUUCAUUGUGAGCUCGCAACUCUACAUGCUGAUUACAUGCAGGUUGUGGUAUGUGCUCAAGAGGCAAAAUGUUCACAAAGAGGAGCUGAUUUCGUGCAGGUGGAAGUUGCGAUUGCUUCUGUUCAACCUGAGCUGCUGUGGGGCUGCUGCAUACUUCUUCAAACGCCACAACACACACUGCGAGGCUGGAGUCUACACGCUGUUUGCUCUAUUUGAGUACCUGGUGGUGUUAUCCAACAUGGCCUUCCACUCCACGUCGGUCUUCGACUUCGGUAAAGAAUCUGUGAUGGUGACCGUACUGCCUGAAGAGAAACAAUACUGAAAACAACAUGACCCACCAAACCGGAAUAUUCCAACGUCAUCUGAAUGUCCUCGUUUAGUUUAGUUCCAUUUUUCUAGCUUUUUUUCAGCCAAUUUUUUAAAGUAUUGAAAUGGACAAUUUAGGUCUCUCUCUCUCUCUUUCUCUCUGUAGAGACCUAAAUCGUCAGUCAAUUUACCUCAGCAAAAGCAGGAUACACAUUGCAACAAUCAUGCCUUAUUUGAGCUUUUCCCCUCCUUUCCAGUCAAAGUCAGCAAAGCUCCAUUAUCGGAUGUGUCUGAAUGGUUAUCCUGUGGCACGGGGCGUCUUAAUGGCUGCGUAGCUCAUAAACUAAGAGUUGUUUCCCCAAUGAAUCUGAUAUGAAAUGUCACCAUGAAGUAUGUCAUGCCAAGAUAGGAUGUAUUUUGGGUGUGAAAGGGGCAUUCAUUUUUAUUUUUAAAAACGCUGCCAGUAUUUAAUUAGACAAGGUCGUUUUUCAUCACCACAACAAUAUGAGCUAAAUCUGGCGCUAACAUUAGCCAACCUGCUGAUAUGCUGCUUAAUGACAGUACACCUUCUAAAACACUCUUUGCAAAAGAGUGCUUUUCCAUAAGUAUGCGUUAGAAUUCUUAAAGUAAAAAGUCACCUGUGUAUAGGUGAAAAAAUGUAAUCCUAGCACUGAUUGUUACAUGAUGUAGAAAUUGCUUUUGUUCCUUUGUUAUUUAAUGAGACUUUGUAUUUUUCUUGGCUGACAGCACAAACAGGGGCAGAUGAGGAUAGAGAGAGAGGAAAAAGAGAGAAAGCAAGAUGAAGCAGGUGAGAACAUGAUCAGGUGAUUAAGGAGGGCAUAUGAAUAAGCAUCUUUUGGAACACGUUUAUUGACAUCUCCAAGACUGCACCAUUCAAACUUUAAAAUUUGCUUUGGCCCACUGCACAUGGCCAGGUUAUAGUCUAAGACUACAUUUCAUGUAUUCAGUCCAGAAAUUGGGCCAAUGGUCUUGUUUGCUUUAUGCAUUGUUUUGAAGGUUUUGAACUGCUUCCUGACAAAACAUAUGAAUGUAUGUUAAAGAGGGAGAUAGUCGUACGGAGGCAGGGCGAGGGCAAGAACAGGAUGGAGAGGCGAGGGACACGCAGGGUGCAAGACCUGGAAGAAGCUGGUGAGGAAAAAGGUAUUGCUUGUUUUAGGGGCAAACUAUGGAGAAAAAGCACAUUAUGUCUACACUGCAUUUCAUGGAUGUUGGUGUUGCUCAGGAAGAAGAGAAGAGCAAGGGAGAGUUUUGAAGGUGAAAGGUAUCAGCAGCCCAGAAAGGUACACAGUUUUGGAACGCUUUUUCUGCAUUGUAGGUUUUAAUUGAAAUGUAUGUUGAUAGAAUAUUGCGCAGUAUGCAUUUAAAUUUGUCCUCACAUUUUUAGCAUUAUUUUUCCACGUUUAUCAUGCAUCGUUUACAAUGAAAAUCAAUGUGUUCAAGCAAAAACAAGAAAGAAAUAAAAUACAGUUUUGAGUGAAAAUGA